AUGAACAAAGAGUCAGCUAGUAAAAUUAUCACCAUAAACCUAGACUUGCACAAUCAGGAUGAUGAGGAGGAAAAACCUUUAGAACAUGAUAAAACUAAAAGUAGCUUGAGGGAAAGGAGGUCCACUAGGCUUUGGGCUGAGGAAAGAAAAGAGGAAAACAUAAAAGUUGAUAACACAACCAAUGUUAAAAUUCAGGAUGAAAUUUAUGAUCUGGAGAAGGAUGAUAAUUUUGUGGACAAUCUUGAGGAUGAGGAUUUCCAAGAGGAGAAGGAUGACACUGAAGAGGAUUUCAAAGAGGAAAUGGAAGAAGAUGAAGAAUGGGAUGAGAUUAGCAAGAUUGAGGAGGACUCGGAUACGUCGGAACAAAGCCUUGAGGUCCCCAAUUUAUCAGAUGUGGUUAUGAAGAAUGUUGUUUUGGGCACGACUUCUAGUGAGGGGAGGAUUAAAAAGAACAAGAAUAAGCUAACGAAGCAGGGUCAUAUGGAGCAAGCUACGGGUGAUGAAGAGGAGCAAAUAGAUACAUGGAAAUAUAAUCUCAGAAGACUCUAG